AUGGAGCAGAACCAGGACCCGGAGGACUCCAGUAGACCAGCAGCGGGCUCUGAUAGCACCGAUGUUCAGAGCCUCGGGGCCCUGACUGCCAACACUCUGUCCCCCUUUGUUUUCAGCCUCUGGAACAGUCAGGAGACCUCUGAGGGUCUCAAAGUACAGACUGCCAAUGAAAAGCUACGGGGGGCGGGGCAUAGAGUCACCCAGCAACACAACAGAGUCCUCUUCAAACGGAAACCAGGACCAGGACCAGGACCGGCAGCACACAGCGGAAUGGAGCAGAACCAGGACCCGGAGGACUCCAGUAGACCAGCAGCAGGCUCUGAUAGCACCGAUGUUCAGGAAGGAAGAGAGAGACUCAAACGGCACCACUGUCAGCUCUGUGACAAAACCUACUCAACAGCUGGAGGUUUAAAGGUUCAUCUCCGCAUCCAUACUGGAGAGAGACCUUACAGCUGUGACCAAUGUGGGAAGACUUUUAAUGAAAAACAGAGCCUGAGAAAACAUCAACGCAUCCACACUGGAGAGAAACCUUACAGCUGUGACCAAUGUGGGCAUGCUUUCAGUCUACUACAGAGCCUGAGAGAUCAUCAACGCAUCCAUACCGGAGAGAAACCUCACAGCUGUGACCAAUGUGGGAAGACUUUCUCCUGCUUACAAGGCCUAAGACAACAUCACCGCAUCCAUACUGGAGAGAAACCUCACAGCUGUGACCAGUGUGGGAAUGCUUUCAGUCGACUAAACAGCCUGAGAAGUCAUCAACGCAUCCAUACUGGAGAGAAACCUUACAGCUGUGACCAAUGUGGAAAAACUUUUUCUCACAGUAACAGCCUUGAAUACCACCGACGCAUCCACACUGGAGAGAAGCCGUACUGGUGUGACCAAUGUGGGAAAACCUUUUCUCAGAGUUCUAACCUUAAAACUCAUCAAUGGGUUCACACUGGAGAGAAACCCUAGUGGUGAGACGAAGGCAGGAAAAAAUUUUCUCUGAGUGGUAUUUUUUUAGAAAAAAUAAAAGUUGUUAGAGCAUUAUUAGUAGCCUUUUUUCUUUUUAAUAUCUACAUCAUAAGAUUGU